AUGUAUCAAUUCCAUCAAGAGCAGCAUCUCUACGCUUCAAAGCUGGCCCAUGACAAAUUGCUAAAGCAAACUCGCCGCAGCUGGGUAAUGACCAACCCUGCCGAGCCGGGCUUUGUCAAACUGCCGAACGAAAGAGUAUUCUACACAUCCCCGCCGCGGACGAGUCUACAAUUAUCGUCCUCGAGCACAUUCCCCGGAUCGGAUCCUUUUUCUGCGAAAAGCGACUCUGGGAUUCUCUAUCUCACCAACCAAAGGGUAAGAAGACACGUUCCAGUCGCUUGGCUCCUACUUACGUCUGUACAGAUAGUCUACCUUCCAUCAGCGCCGACGCCCGAGCUUAAAUCCUUCUCGACACCCAUUCUCAAUCUCCAAGACAGCUACGUGCGAGCGCCCUUCUUUGGCGCAAACUACUGGGUUGCGUUAUGCAAGCCCGUAGCCGGAGGAAAUAUCCCACCGACGCACGCGGCAGUUGAGUUGCGAUUUACGUUCAAGGACGGUGGAGCCUUCGAUUUCCACACCAUGUUCGAGCAAAUAAAGGAGCGUCUACACCAAGCGUAUGUGGUGGCCCAAGAGACUUCGCAUCGGGAUGCUGCCGGAAACAUAGACCUGGCGAACGUUCACUUGGAGCAAUUGCCAGCCUACGAGGCACCUAGAGAAGCUCCCGAGGAUGAUGGACCUACGAUAAUUAGUCCCGUCCCCGUCCGUCCGACGAGGGACAGCGGGAUUGGUGAAGUGAGAAGCUCUCUGACAAACUCGCCCAAGCCCGACGUACCUAUUACUCCAGAUGAGCCUCCUCCGGGCUAUGAGGAAGCCCAAGCUCAGGCUGUGACGGUCGACCUGGACCACAGGCGGAGACUGGAGGCGGAGAGGCGGGAUGACUAG